AUGGAAGAAAUGUAUAAACACUGUGUGAACACAAAAUAUUCUGCCAGAAGCACUUCGGAUCCCAACAAGUUGGCUCUUGAUGCUUUUGAUGUUCGAGAUAAAAAUUAUGGCUGCAACAGGGCAAAACCUACUAAGAAAAGGAAGUCAUUCAGUAAAAGGGAAUCCUCUGAUCCAGAAAGAAUCAAUAUCAAGACGAUGGAUGAUCUCAGAAAGAGGGAACAGAGAAUUACAAGAGCGCACAACUUCAAUAAUUGUUACAUUUAUCAGCAGAACAUGCAAACUGUGGACUUAGAUUCUAGAGCUUCGACCCUUGAUGCUUAUUAUGGGACUCAGCAGAGUGUGCUUGAAGAUGGGCAAUUGCAUUCCAUUGCAAGCCGUGGUCCACAUUAUGGGAUGCAGCACAGGAUGCAAAGACCGCUUCAAGGAGAGCUCACUUUCAGAACGCCAACAGUACAAGGGUGUUUUGACCUCCAAGAUAGUCUAGAAGCUAUAGAAGAACCUGUUAAGGCCUCACAGUUCCAUGACAUUGCAUCAAAGCAACUAGAAGCCGAUAAAUCACUUCCCUGAUAUCUGGAAGAAUACAGUUUUCUUCCAUGUUAGAGUAAAGAUGUAUACGUUGUAUGUAUAUGGAUAGUAUAGACUAGUACUAAACAUAGUUCUUUUCUUGGGGAGUAGGGAAAAUUGCACGCUUCAACAAAAAUGAGAAAAAUAACUU